AUGUCCGGCGACAAGGAUAAGGACAAGGCGUCGCAGUCUUGCGACACCCCACUCGAUCUUCCUCCCUUCAGCCAAGUCGACGUCGUGGGGUGGUUCAAUGCGGUAGAACAACGAUUCCAACUUCACAAUAUCACGUGCCAGAAAACCAUGUAUUGCCUUGUGACGCCACUCCUGCCUCCACUCGUGGCCAGUUCGGUUGCCGAUCUCAUCGACGAGGCGCCAGCUGAGAACCCCUACGACACACUCAAAGCCGCCAUCAUUGCCAAAUGGACGGCGAGUUCAGAGCUGGCGCUAGUGCCAUACCAGCCGCCCCGUGCAGAAGUGGGCAAUGUGAAACCGUCUCAGUUAUUUUGGCAGCUGCUACAUGGUGUGGGUCAAAACACCGCGCAGAAGCUAGCGCUGCGACGUUCAUGGGCGCAACACCUGCCGAUGGAUAUGCGCGAUGGUGUGCAACUCGCCGCAGAUGCUAACAUGACACUUGAAAAGCUGCUGAACAUAGUGGACAAUAUUCACCAUUGGCUCGCGACGGCAAAUAAACCCAAAUGGGCUUUAUGCAGGAGUCAGGGGCAAGUUGAUGGCGUUGUCGCGUGCUCUCCAAUUCCAAAGCGAUUUGUCAGUCGAGAAGCAACAAUGACGGGUCGGGCAAUUGUCGUUUUCGUUUUAGCAGCGGAUCUCGAUUUUGUCGCCCCUCAUGCAGACAUCCGCAUGUCUCUGAACAACCUGGCUACACGUCGGACAGCGAGACAGAAGAUGAUCAACCGUCGUGAUAACACCACAAUGCUCGUCACGACGCCAACGUAG